UUUUUUUUCUCUACAUGUCUUGGUUAAGAUUUGAGGGUUUAUUUGUUGCUUCGGAUCUUUAGUUCAUGACUGAUGGAGUUUCUCUUCUUGGCGGCGGUGAUUUCUUGUUUUUUUAUUCGGAAUUCUUUUGCUAUUUCUUCAGCUUCAAUGGCCCCGACGAUGCAUUACCUGAAAGAAGAGAGAACUCUGUAUUCCCUCGUGAUCUGUUCAUCUUCCAUAUUUAUUUGACCGAGCUAGGAUUUCUGCGAGAUCUCCACUGGAUUUCGAGGGUUCUUAUUUGAUUUCGUUUCAUCACUGAAGCAUUGGAGGGAUGCCGUGUGUUGCGGCGGCGGCGACGACGGCGAUGGCGGUGAAGGACAAGGACGUGGAGCCGUUUGUGGAGGUGGACCCGACGUGGAGGUACGGGCGGUACAGGGACCUGCUGGGGUUCGGCGCGGUGAAGAAGGUCUCCCGAGCGUUCGACCAAGAAGAGGGGAUCGAGGUGGCGUGGAACCAGGUGAGUCUACAGAGAUUCAGCGAGAACCGUCCGAUGAUGGACUGGCUCUUCGCAGAGGUGCGUCUCCUUCGUGAUCUCCGCCACGACAACAUCAUCGCUCUGUACCAGGUGUGGACGGACGCCAAGCAGAGCACCCUCAACUUCAUCACCGAGGUCUGCACCUCCGACGACCUCCGCGAGUACCGAAAGCGCCACCGCCAUUUCUCCCUCAAGGCCCUCAAGAAGUGGUCCCACCAGAUCCUCAUCAGCCUCGACUACCUCCACAACCACGACCCCUGCAUGAUCCACCGCGAUCUCAACUACAGCAACGUCUUCAUCAACGGCAACGUCGGCCAGGUACGAUCAUGAAAGAAACCGCCCUUCAGACACCAAUUUUUUUAUGGGUGGGUGGUUGCAGGUGAAGAUCGGGGACAUGGGGCUGGCGGCGAUCGUGGGGAAGAGCCACGCGGCGCACUUGAUACUGGGGACGCCGGAGUUCAUGGCACCGGAGCUGUACGAGGAGCAAUACGCGGAGCUGGUGGACAUCUA